AAUUGCCUAAAACUGUGUGUUGACUUGGGCUGUUUAAUUGAGAUUUAAGUUUCUAGAUUUGACCAGUUGUUGUUAUGCUAGCUUGCUAGCAUUGAGGAAUCUGGGUCAAGCUAGCCACGGAGAGGGCAACAGUGGAGCAAUUGUUUCAAAUUUCUGGUGUCAUAAGCUAGCAAAUAAGUGGAAAUAAUAACCAUGGCAGCUGCAUGUGCUCAGCUGUGUUUGCGAAGCAGAGGUCUUUGCUCUACGGCUAGCACAUGGCAGCAUUACCUCCAAGUUCGACAUUGCAUUAUAGUAACCAAGGAAUCGGCCAAAAUCAGUAAUGGAUUAUUCAUCUCUGGGAGUCACACAGGAUUUCAGACAAGACUGAAGUGGAAACAGCAGAUGUGCCACUACAAUGACUUCACAGCAAAAUAUCUGACAACCAAGGCAAAGGAGAACAAAUAUACAGAAGAUUUAUCUAGAACUGAUAUUGUUGCAUAUAAGGCCACCCAUAUGCCAACCACAGAUCCUCAGCCAAUAAGCCAGAAUAAGAUUUCCUUAGCAGACUUAGAUGCUGCUGGUGAAUUUUCAGCACUGGAGGAGAUCAGCGACGAGGAAGCUGUCAGUAUUUCUAUUCCCUCUUCCAUGCCCUCAGCUUCCACAUCCCUUAGAGAUUAUGUUGACAAGUCAGAGACACUUGCCAAGCUGGUACAACUAGGGGUGAAUUUGUUUAAGCUGGAACAAAAGCCCAAUGUAGGCUCCAUGCUGCUCAGACUUGACUUCAACACAGACGUGGCACCUCGGCUGCUGUUUCUUAAAGAGAUUGGAGUGGAGGACUCUCGUUUUAGCUAUAUUAUCACACACAAUCCCUUCAUUCUCACUGAGAGUUUGGAAAACCUACAAGCCAGGGUUAACUAUCUCAAGUCAAAAAAGUUUAGUUCAGAGACAGUUGCCUCCAUGGUGUCCAGAGCUCCUCAUCUCCUCAAUUUCAGUGUGAAGAGGAUAGACAACCGACUGGCUUUCUACCAACAACAACUCAAACUCAGUGCUUCUAACACACGAAACAUUUUAGCUCGUCUGCCCAGACUACUUUGUGGUAGUUUGGAGCCUGUUAAAGAAAACUUGAAGGUGUGUCAGAUAGAGCUUGGCUUUAAGGAAAAUGAGAUCCAACACAUAGUGAUUGCGGUUCCUAAGGUGUUGACAGCCAAUAAAAGGAAACUUACACAGACAUUUGACUUUCUCCACAACACCAUGAAGGUGCCCCACUACCUGAUCACAAAGUUCCCACAGGUCCUUAAUACAAAGUACCUGCGCCUUAGAGAGCGCCAUCUCUUCCUUGAGUACCUUGGAAAAGCUCAGUAUGACCCAACCCUGCCAAACUACAUCUCCUUGGACCGCUUGGUUUCGUUGCCAGAUGAUACUUUUUGCACUGAGUUGGCUUUGGCAACACUGGAAGAUUUUUAUUUGUUCCAAAAAAUGCUUUAAUUCUUUACAGUGUGACUUUUAAAGGACUAAAGUAGUAAAAUCUACUCAACAAAUAUGAUGCUCAAUGAAUAUAUCAUGUAUGUCAACUUGUACUGCAAUUACUGCUCUUAUUUUUUAUGACUGUCAAUCUGGAAAUAACUAUUUAGAUUUAUGUUCAGUCCUAAAAACACAUUCUUCAUUUAGGUUUUAUGUCAUAAAAUGGAGAUUUCACUUGUUCGGUGGCUGAACAUAAGUCAGUACAACAAAUGUACAAUUAGAAAUACAAUAAACACAUUUGCAUGUCCUACAUCAUGCUAUUCAACUUUAUGUUGUUAGUUUGUAGAUUUAAAAAUUCUAAAGAUGUCCAUUAUGAUUCCUGGUUAAGCUGUAUGUUUCAACUACACUAUAGAACUGUUUAAAAGCUUUUAAACUGUGGUUACAUGUAAAUAAGAAAUGCUAAUCAAUAAACCAUGUUGACUCUG